CAUCCUUUUUAAAAUUCUCUUCUCCUUGGAUUCGUUGAAAAGAAAGGAAAAACCAAUAAACGACCCAACCCAGAUCACUUGCCGCGGCCAAGGAGCUCGAGCCUAACGUGGUCUCCGAAAAGCAUCGCCGCCGCCGCUCUGAGCCUUGCGAGAGACCAUCUGCAGGGGCCGCCCCUCCGCGGCCCUCCGCCGGACCCUCCGCCGGACCCUCCGCCGGACCCUCCGCCGGACCCUCCGCCGGACCCGCCCGGAGACCUCGGGGAUAUCCAGGGCUCGCCCUCUCGCCCGGAAGCCGCCUGCCAAUUGAGCGAAACGUUGCGGGGGAGGUCGGGGGCCGUCUCUCUCGCUGUCUCUCGCGGUCUCUCGCUCCCCCGUCUCCCGAAGAGAAGGAGCGAGCGGCCGAGAGAGGGCGAAGGCGGCGUGGCCCGCCCGCCCCCGGGGACGGCCCGGGAAGGGCAGAAAAUCGAAAGUUGCCGGGGCGAGGACAUCCGCCUCUCCUUCCUCCCGGCGGGCUCCCCUCGAGGGCCGAGGCUCCGGCGGCCCCGGACCGACCGACCGUCCGACCGACCGACCGACCGACCGACGGACGGACGGACAGUGAGGCCGGGGCAGGAGGCCGGUCCGGGACGGGGCUCCCCGCCAGACCCUCCUUUCCCAGCAAGGGCUCGACCCCGCCGCGCCACCGAAAGGGAGAGGACGAGGCCCUCCGGCGGAGCCGACAUGGGACCGCCGUCCACGCUGACCCUGGUCGUGGUCACCGCCCUCCUGCCCCAGGUCUGCGGGUCCGGCGUGUUCGAGCUGAGGCUGCAGGAGUUCGUCAACAACAAGGGGCUGCCGGGGAACCGCAACUGCUGCGGCGGCGCCCCCGCGCCCCCCGCGCCCCCCGCGGCGCCCCCCGCCCCGGGCCUGCAACUGCACUGCGACUGCAAAACGUUCUUCCGCGUCUGCCUCAAGCACUACCAGGCCAGCGUGUCCCCGGAGCCGCCCUGCACCUACGGCAGCGCCGUCACCCCGGUGCUGGGCGCCAACUCCUUCAGCGUCCCCGACGGCGCCCGCGGAAAGGACCCGGCCUUCACCAACCCCAUCCGCUUCCCCUUCGGCUUCACCUGGCCCGGAACGUUUUCGCUCAUCAUCGAAGCUCUUCACACGGAUUCCCCCGAUGAUCUCACUACAGAGAAUCCGGAACGAUUGAUCAGCCGCCUGGCCACCCAGCGGCACCUGACCGUGGGCGAGGAGUGGUCCCAGGAUCUUCACAGCAGCGGCCGCACGGACCUCAAGUACUCGUACCGCUUUGUCUGUGAUGAGCACUACUACGGCGAUGGCUGUUCCGUCUUCUGCCGCCCCCGGGAUGACGCUUUCGGCCACUUCACAUGCGGGGAGCGAGGCGAGAAGGUGUGCGACCCCGGCUGGAAGGGCCAGUAUUGUACCGAACCGAUCUGCCUGCCAGGGUGCAAUGAGCAGCACGGCUUCUGCGACAAGCCCGGAGAGUGCAAGUGUCGAGUCGGCUGGCAAGGGCGUUACUGUGACGAGUGCAUCCGCUACCCCGGCUGUCUGCAUGGCACCUGCCAGCAGCCAUGGCAGUGCAACUGCCAGGAAGGCUGGGGAGGUCUUUUCUGCAACCAGGACCUCAAUUACUGCACCCACCACAGACCCUGCCAGAAUGGGGCCACGUGCACCAACACCGGCCAGGGAAGCUACACUUGCUCUUGUCGCCCCGGCUACAACGGUGCCAACUGUGAGAUGGAGAUCAACGAGUGCGACGUCGGUCCCUGCAAGAACGGAGGGAGCUGCACGGAUCUGGAGAACAGCUAUUCCUGUACCUGUCCGCCCGGCUUCUACGGGAAAAACUGCGAGCUGAGUGCCAUGACCUGCGCCGACGGCCCGUGCUUCAACGGGGGCCGGUGCUCCGAUAAUCCAGAUGGAGGCUACCUGUGCCACUGCCCUCUGGGCUACUCGGGCUUCAACUGUGAGAAGAAAAUUGACCACUGCAGUUCCUCACCCUGCUCCAAUGGUGCCCGCUGUGUGGAUCUCGGGAGCUCCUACCUGUGCCAGUGUCAGGCCGGCUUCACGGGCACCCACUGCGACGACAACACGGACGACUGCGCCUCCUCGCCCUGCGCCAACGGAGGCACGUGCCAGGACGGGGUGAACGACUACUCGUGCACGUGCCCGCCCGGGUACACGGGCAAGAACUGCAGCGCCCCCGUCAGCCGGUGCGAGCACGGCCCCUGCCACAAUGGGGCCACCUGCCACGAGAGAAACCGCCGCUACGUGUGCCAGUGCGCCCGCGGCUACGGCGGCCUCAACUGCCAGUUCCUGCUCCCCGAGCCGGCCCCGGGGCCCGGGCCCGUGGACCUGAGCCAGAAGCACACGGAGGGUCGGGGCGGCCCGUUCCCCUGGGUGGCCGUCGGCGCCGGGGUGGUGCUGGUCCUCGCGCUGCUGCUGGGCUGUGCCGCCGCCGUGGUCUGCGUCCGGCUCAGACUCCAGAAGCGGCGGCCCCCGGCGGGUCCGGUCAGGGGCGAGACCGAGACCAUGAACAAUCUGGCCAACUGCCAGAGGGAGAAGGACAUCUCCGUCAGUGUCAUCGGCGCCACCCAGAUCAAGAACACCAACAAGAAGGCGGAGCUGCAUGGGGAGAGUAAGCCCCCGCCCAACGGCUUCAAGGCCCGCUAUCCGGCCGUGGAUUAUAACUUGGUGCCCGACCUCAAGAGCGCCGAGCGGGGCGGGGAGGACCUCGGCAAGGCCCCGACCCCCGAGGCCCCAGAGAGGACCCCUGCUCCACUCAAGAGCGGCGACGGGUCCGAAAGGAAAAGGCCAGAGUCCGUGUACUCCACCUCCAAAGACACAAAGUACCAGUCGGUAUAUGUCAUAUCAGAGGAGAAGGACGAGUGCAUCAUCGCCACAGAGGUGUAACGUGGAAGUGACGCGGCACAGCCUCUGUUUGUCUUGGGCGAAGAUCUCUGCCCCAACGAAUGAAUGCUGCUGAAAGAGGGAAGGAGGGAGGGAAGGAGGGACGGAGAGAGGAAGGGAGGACUUCCUCCCUCCCCUGGGCUCCUCCUCUGGGCCGCCUCCACUCUGCUCCCUCUGCGGGCCCCCUCAACUCCACUCCCUCCCGGGGCGCUCUCCCUGGGCUCCUCCCGUGGACUCCCCCCGUGGACGUCCUCCGCGGGCUCCCUCCGUGGACAUCCUCCGCGGGCACCCUCCCUGGGCUCCCUCCGCCGGGGGCGGAAGCAACAGCAGAGGUAGCCAUGGCCUGCUGCUCAAGAACUAAAUUCAGACUGAGCUGGUUCUCUUGCUGAAGUUAGCGACCGGGCAGCGAUAGGUGCUGUGUCCACCCUCCCUCCUUGCGCUCCCCGCCCGCCGCCCGCCCACCGGCCACCCACCGGCCGCCCCGGGGUACCUGUUGCACUGCCCUUCGGAUGACUCUUCCCAUUGCACUAUGGACAGGCCCUUUUGAGCGAGAUAUUUAAUGAGCAGACUCCCUGCGGGGCUCGGAGCCCACCCUUGGGUGCCGUGCCCCACCCCUCCUCUCCUCCCCGCCCCCGCCCCCUCGGGCCCCGGGCUCUGCGGAGCCCUCCUCCGGCGGAAACACAGACACGGCCUUCGUCGCCUCUUCGGACACUGAAACGUGUUUUCCUAGUGGGGAGAGAAAUGCGUCUUAUUUUUUUGAAUCUGUAAAAAUAUUUUCAUGAUAUCUGUAAAGCUUGAGUAUUUUGUGACGUUCCUUUUUUAUAAUUUAAAUUUUGGUAAAUAUGUACAAAGGCACUUCGAGUCUAUGUGACUAUAUUUUUUGUAUAUAAAUGUAUUUAUGGAAUAUUGUGCAAAUGUUUUUUUACUGUUUUUGUUAAUGAAGAAAUUCAUUUUUAAAAUAUUUUUCCAAAAUAAAUAUUAUGAAUGAUCACCCGAAGGGAUUUUUCCCCA